CAGGUGUGAGCGGCGCCAAGCGCAGUUAGUUCGCGACCGUCAAACCUCGCUGACGCCGAGCCGUUUGACGUUUAGUUUCCCGCGCGCGCCGAAAGUGACAGUUUGAAACUUUUUAAAUAGAAAAAAAAGUUAGCAAAAAGUUUGAUUUAUACAGCCAGUAUUUUUUUUCGCCAAUAAUGGCCAGUUGAUUUCGAAAAUAUUUUAGUGAGAAAAACUGAUUUACGUUUUCGGUUUAUUUGCAUUUUCUGACAUUUUGGUAUCUUCAGGCUGUGUUAGUGGUGACAAAGGCCGUCAUGGCGAACAAUAUAUACUUCUUGAUGCUAUGCGUGGCGCUGGGCGCAGUGGUGGCGUAUCGGGGAAACGACCUUCCCCCGGGACCGUACUGCGGGACUCCGGGUCGGCAGCAGUGCUGCGACAACCGGCAGGAUGCCUGCUCUCACAGGAUACUUGACACUCUUUGCUACUGCGACCAGUUCUGCAACAGGACCUCGUCGCCCGACGAUUGCUGUCCGGACUACGAGGAAGUGUGUCUUGGGAUCAAGCCCACACCACCACCGCAACCGCUCCAAGAGUCUUGCAAGAUGAAUGGGAAGACCUACUUCCCAUUGGAAGGCGCCGAUACCACGAUGAAAGACUGCAACACUUGCAAAUGCAUCCUCCGAGAGCCGAACAAGGCGGAGUGGGAUUGCGAGACCGACGAGUGCGUCCUCAACGAGGAGGUCAUCCGGAUCCUCAACCGGCCAGGAUACAGCUGGCGGGCCGCCAACUACAGCCAGUUCCGCCAGUACAAGCUGAAGGACGCGCUGGUUUAUAAGCUAGGUACCCUCCCCCUAUCCCGCGAGACUCUCCGCCUGAACCCCAUCAGGCCCAUCGACAAUGGUACGCUAGUCCCACGGAACUUCGACGCUAGACAGAAAUGGCGAGGAUUCAUCUCUCCCGUGGUUGACCAGGGCUGGUGCGGAUCCGACUGGGCUGUGGUAGUUGCCACUGUCACUUCUGACAGAUAUGCCAUCCAGUCGACAGGAGCCGAAGUCCUGGUGCUCUCCCCUCAGUCGCUCCUGUCCUGCAGCCGGAAGAACCAGCGCGGAUGUGAUGGAGGCCAUAUCGACAUAGCGUGGAACUUCGCCAAGAACUUUGGAUUGGUAGACGAAGACUGCUACCCGUACGAGGCCACAGCGUCCGCCUGCAAGCUUCGGAAGCACAGGACCCUUCAGGAGGAGGGCUGCCGGCCGGCGGUGCCCCGGCGCACUCAGCGCUACAAGGUCGGGCCCCCCGGCCGUCUGCAGAAGGAGAGAGACAUCAUGCUGGACAUCAUGCAGUCCGGGCCUGUGCAUGCGAUCAUGUCGGUCUACCAAGACUUCUUCCACUACCAGGAUGGCAUCUACCGUCGGUCGAUGCACGGCAACAACCAGCUGAAGGGUCUUCACAGCGUCAGGAUCGUGGGAUGGGGUGAGGACCGCGGAGAGAAGUACUGGAUCGUGGCCAACAGCUGGGGACCGUGGUGGGGUGAGAACGGUUACUUCAGGAUCGCUCGCGGCGUCAACACAGCAGACAUUGAGACCUUCGUCAUCAGCGUGCUGAGUGAGGUCACGGAGUCCUACAAGAAAUAACAUAGAGCCGAUGGCCAUCUCAUCACCCCGCUGUGUGUGUACACUAAGGUUAUACAUACCAAAUGGGGACCAGUUCUGUUGAAUGUGACCAGAGACUUCGGGUAGUUUUGGAUGUAAGGUUAUGAUGCAGUCGCUUAUACGAUGCAGUUGCAAUGCUGCUAUUUUGUAAGAAAAAGUUUCAGUAUAAUUCAAUUGAAUUACCUAAUAAAUAUUUUAGAUUAAUAA